AUCCCAUCACCAGCUUGCUCUUUUGAUCGUUAUGUGUGGAGGGUGUUGAAUCUUUCCUUUCAUAUUUUGUACAGAGUGAACCAUCAUAUGAGUUUUCUUUUAGCUUAUACUGUGAAUCUAUCCUGUCGAGACUGAGCCCUCAACACAGAACCCCUUCUCUGCAAAUCUGGAACUUGACACCUCGAACCAGCUGAUUUCAUCUAUUGGACUUACGAUCUAUUGACAUUCGCCAUGAAUGCUGCUUCUCCGCCAUGGCGGGCUUCCACUACGGCACAAUACACAUCAAAUGCUCCCGCGUAUAUUUCCGUUCAAGCCCGCCGCAGCUUAGCUUCAAACCCGCAGUCAACUACAGAUCCCCACUCCACAGAUGUUCCUCCACCGAAACCUGCCGAGGCUCAAGGUAGUAAGAAAAGGGUUGAGUGGCCCCCUGGAGUACGCCAAUAUGUGCAACGGAGCUUUGUUCCCGAAUACCAGAUCCCGGGUAUUACGCGAGAGGAUAUGGAGAAAAAGCUAAAGCAAAUAAUCACGGAAGCAGCCGAGAGCAAUAAUCUCAACAAUGUUAAUUGGGAAGCCCUGCCGUUACCCCAGGAAAUGAUUCGUGAUGAACGGAAUAGGGCUCUGACAUCGUCAACGAGACAGCAACCAGUGGGCUUUCACAGAUCUAUUCCUGCAUAUACGGAAAGAUCACAAAAGGAAGAAUAUUCCCCGAAAAGAAAAUCAUCAGAAAUUAGCACAGUGGAGGAUAACGUGGAAAGUAUUCCGCCAUGGAGAAGAAAAGCUAACUCUCGCACUGAGUUUGAAGAUCGCAAUAGUUUCCCUUCCCCUACUGACAAACGAAGACGGACAGAUAUCGGUAAUGAUAACGCUAACAGCAAAAUUCCAAGUAAGUUUACCAGUGUUCUGGAGAGCCGCAAACGGCGUUUCGAGGACACAGGCUCUGGUUCACAGGCGACCCCCAGUACGCGUUCGCCCUACGAGGGAUCCCUCACGAGAGAUUCCGAUGACGGGCCCGUUAUCGGCCGAUGCCAGAAUUUAGAAAAGAACUAUUUCCGUCUCACUGCUCCCCCAAACCCGGACACUGUGCGGCCGUUGUCUGUGCUAAAAAAGACCCUUGACCUGUUAAAGAAAAAGUGGAGAUCAGAGAACAAUUACAAUUACGUCUGUGACCAAUUUAAGUCCAUGCGACAGGAUUUAACCGUCCAACACAUCAGAAAUGAGUUCACGGUCAACGUAUACGAAAUCCAUGCUCGAAUUGCUUUGGAAAAGGGUGAUCUUGGUGAGUAUAAUCAGUGCCAGACUCAACUACUGGCAUUGUAUGCAAUGAAUCUUGGAGGACAUCCCAUGGAAUUUAAGGCGUAUCGUAUUCUCUAUUUCAUUUAUACCCGCAAUCGAACCGCCAUCAACAACGCCUUGGCGGAUCUAACCCCCGCAGAAGCAGCUGACCAUGCUGUGAAACAUGCAUUGGAUGUGCGUUCCGCUCUGGCACUUGGAAAUUAUCAUCGAUUUUUCCAACUCUACCUUGACACGCCGAACAUGGGAGCAUAUCUUAUGGACAUGUUUGUCGACCGGGAGCGUCUUAAUGCUCUCACCUACAUCUGUAAAGCGUAUAAGCCCGACCUCAAUAUUAGAUUCAUCACCGAGGAACUUGGUUUUGAGUCAGAUGAGCAAGCUGCCCGAUUUAUUCUGGAUCAUGUGCCGGAAGAGCUCCUUCAAGAGAAACCAGACGGCGUUAAACUUGUUACUGCGAAGGCUCAACCUUACUUUGAAGCGGCUAAAGCUGAAGCCCACAGAAUCGUUGAUAUUAAAGGACAGAUUUAACGACUGUUAAAUUUGACGAUGAUCUCCAGGUCCUACGGGGCACCUUGCUGUUCCGGCGCACUCUAAAGUUCCUACUCCGUUCGUAGUGACUCGUUCGCAUCUUCGGCGUUUCCUCGCCGUGGAUGAUUUCUUACUCUACUUUUUUUGUGCCUCUCUGUCUCAGAUCGUACCAGCCUCCCGAUCCAUGGUCUUCCCUAAAGUCCCAUCUGCUCUUCUCGGCUACGUUCUUUGACCGACCGAUCUCCUGCCAUCACAUGGGAGAAGGCGAAGUCAAUACUGUCUGAUUGGUCGUAUGAUUUUCUUAUUAUAUCCUCCGUACGCAUUUAGGCUGAGAAAGGGGUGUUUAGGAGUUGGGAUUAUAUUGCUGGCGAUGUGUUUUCAGAGCCUGCCUGUGUGGUAUCUGUUCUUGGGUUUGCCCGAGUUCUUUAUUCACUUAUAGUGAUAUCCUGUAGUGCUGCUGGUUUUUUUUCCUAGGCGAGACAAGUAUAGCUUUCUUAGGAGCCCAGAAAUAUAAUAUUGUAUAGAUUUUCACAGUUAGUUAUCUUUGAUGAAUGUUGCUACUGAGUAGGCCGAAGUAGGACACCAGUAUGUAAGAUCACCCGGCCUUCCACUAUCCACUCUUUGACCCUUGCUACCUUCCUUCUGCUCAUGCCUUGACAGCUCAAGAUAGCAUGCUUUGCGCUGUGACGUUUACCAUCCGUUAGCCCAAAACACAGAAGACCGGAGAGCUCCGCGUCCUGUUGAUAAGGGAUUAUUAAGGACACGGGGAGAAGUUGAAUAAUACCUCCAAAGUAAAAGCAUUGCCUUUUGUGGAUAACUUCUCAAAUUGAGAGGGGUAUUUGGACGAGUCCCGCGGGGCCGGAGAGAAGGGGAGAGGUUAAAAUGGGUGUAGAGGUAAGGGGGUUUUCCACUCGAUGAGUCUUUCGUCAUCCCACAGGGCGCAGCACCAUUCAAAGUUACUAUUGAGUGCGAAGAAGUCUGUCAAAUCAUCAUUGAAUACUUCCAGGACGGGUCCGUCACCAUACCAAUACCGAACAUAGCUCAAAUUGGGCCUUUCAGUGAGGGGCAAGGUGCGUAAAUACCCCUCGAGAUUCCCAUCGUGUUCCUGGUAUCUGGCUGCGGGGAGACCCAACUCCCAGGAUUCCAAGUAAGGUCCAAGCAUCGUACUGAACGUAUCUCCCCGAGCGCCAAAAAUGGUGUUGGCUAUAGUAACAUCCCGGGGCGCCUCGUAUGACGGUGCGUGGAGGACCCAGUAUAAAAACCCUGGUCCU